AUGAUUGCAUCACAAGGGAUGUAUUUCCUGUAUUUCGCUUCUGAAGAAGUCCAAUAUAACUCGAUUAGAGCUAUUCUUUUGCUCUCUGUGGUAAUGUCGUUCGUGAUGUGGGUCGGCAGCGACGAUGUUCUUGUCAAACAAAUCACUAUUCCUGUCAAGAUUGCUAAAGUCUCUAGCAAACUGCAUCGAUCUCUCGAUGUUGAUGCUGUGGCAUUAGUGGGUGACAUGGUUGAUGGACCAGUGAAAAUUUUGGCAAAUCGCAUGGAGCCCCUGUGGAGUGCUCUGAAACGGCAUCAUACAUAUUUUGUCUCUGGCAAUCACGAAUAUUACUACGGUGAUGCAAUGAUGUGGUUCGUCGAGUAUGAAAUUCAUGGAGUCCGCGUACUCAACAACAGGUCAGCUGCGGCGUUA